CACGUGUUUCUUCUGUUCCUGUCUGUCUGUGGUAGCAGCUAAAGGCUAACAGAGCUGAGGUUUCUUGCUGUUUACCUCGGAGAGAUGAGUCCUUUAUGUGACUGCUGCUGUGAGCACAUUCAGAAACUGAACCAGCAGGUUUCUGUGAUGCGAAAGGAAAUCAAGAAUCUGAGGCAGAUGCUGGACGGUGCAGUCAGAGCUCAUCGCAAACAUCUGGUAUCUGUUCAGGCUGCUGUGUCAAAGAUUGGACUCAGUAGAGAUGAGAAGGACCAAACACCUCCACCACCUUCACCAUCAGAACAUUCAGCACAGACUGCUUUAGAGCAAGGAAGCAUCCAGACGGUCCCUAUUGGCUACAUCAGUUCCUGUUUCUCCAUGAAGAACGGGACCCCCAGACAGCCCACUAUAUGUGGACCCUCAAGGGCAGAACUGCGAAUCCAGCAGAGCGUCUUCAACAACCCGGAUCACGCUCUGGUGGGACUGGAGCAAUACUCCCACGUCUGGGUAAUCUUUCUGUUUCACAAAAACGGCCACCUCAGUUACAAAGCCAAAGUGAAGCCUCCUCGACUGAACGGUCAGAGAGUUGGUGUUUAUUCGACGCGCAGUCCUCACCGACCCAAUGCUCUGGGCCUGACACUGGCCAGGCUUGACAAAAUUGAAGGUGAUACACUACAUCUGUCAGACAUUGACAUGAUCGCUGGCACCCCAGUGCUGGACAUCAAACCCUACAUCCCAGAGUACGACUCCCCCGACACCAGGAUGAACAUAGACUCUGAGCCUUAUGAUUCAAACUCAGACCAACCAAAUUCAGCUUCUGCUUUGCUAAACGAGGAGACAAACACCUUCAGCCCCUGUAAACACUCGAACACGUAUGCUCAGCUGAACAUAAAAGGUGAAAGAACAGCAGAGAAGGUGGGGAGUCUUUUCUCAGAAAACAAAUCUGAAACUGGUAAUCCAUCUCGUGUGAGCGCUCAGUUUUCUCUGCCCAAAGACCUUCACAGUGUGCUGGAGGAGGUCAAGGCCUACGUGACCCAAGAUGACAUUUGCCAAGUAAGUUGUGAGAGCAACUGCCAGGUUUCAGACCCUCCUCAAACCAGACCAUCAGGGUUGACGACGGGCCACCCCUGCUUUGGAGAGGAGGCCUACACUACCAUCGCUGGCUGGAUCCGAGAGCCUCCUGUUGCCAGUCUGGACGUGCGCUUCACUCCUCAUGCUGAGAGGGAGCUGGCAGAAUUCCUUCCAAAACACCUGCCAGGAAACUCUGAGAGCGACAGACCCAGGUUUAAGUUCCUGCGCAGCCCAGAGGAGGCGGCUGCUGCCAUCAGAGGGGUGCUGUCAGCCGACCCCCGCUCCGUCUACAGGAGGACCCGCUGCAGAGACAGACUCUUCUUCUUCACCCUCGACACGGCUGACAUCACCUGCUGGUUUGGACAAGGCUUUGCUGAGGUUGUGCAGGUCCGACCUGUUGAGUGUGAGAAGCCCUUUCAGUGAAGGCUUGGGAGCUGCAGAGUAUCAGUGUUCAUGUGGGCGGAGAAACAAAAACAGCCUGUCAAAUGUUUCUCACCUCCAGAUUUCUGUAGAAUUUCUAAUCUGACUUGUAGAGCAGAUGUGAGAGUGGUCAGAUGAAAGGUAGUAGGAUGUGAAUUUUUGUAUAAGUGAAUAAAAUAAAAGAUUUUUGAAAUGGUAA